AAACUUUUAUUAUAUUAUUAUAAUUAUAACUCUUUUUUGAUAAUAUUAAAUUUCUAAAUUAGUAGACAAAAAAUAUGUUGGCUAAAAUUUUAUUACUUCUUUUUGUGUUUUCACUUGGAACUUUUCUUGUUUGUGGUAGAAAUUUACCAAGUGAAAAUGAGUCUCUUGUUGAAAAAAAAUAUGGAGUUACUGAUUAUCAAGGUGGAUUAGAUGAUAAUAUUGGUGCUGGUGGAUUUGCUGCUGGUGAGCCAACUGGGCCAUCUGGACCAACUGGGCCGGGUCUAGGAGGAUCCAUUAGUGGUGGCGUUAGCGCCGGAGUCGGAGGAAGGUUGGGUGUCGGAGCUGGGCCCAUAAGUGGAGGAGCUGAAGGUAGAGUUGGCGUUGGGAUCGGUGCCGGAGCCGGUGCAGGUGUCGGCGCUGGUCCUGGCGGCAUGGGCGGUGGCACUGCCGGCAGUCCACCUGGCAUUGGCAUAGGUGGCAGUGGCGGAGUUAGUGGUGGAGUAAGCGGCAGCGGAAGAAUUGGCGCUGGUGUAGGCGGCAGUGGCGGUGUUGGCGAUAAUGUUGGCGGUGGAGCAGGCGGUCAUGGUAGUGGAACUGGCGGAGGGUUUGGCGGCCCUGGUAGUGGAACCGGCGGAGGAUUUGGCGGCCCUGGUAGUGGAAGCGGCGGAGGGUACGGCAGUGGAUAUGGCGGCGGAUGGCCGUGAAAUUAAUGUAAACGUAAGUAGCAGUGGCGUUAAAGCUAUUGCAUUAAUAUUUUAGUAGUUGCAUUUUAAUUUCAUGUUAUGUGCUUUUGUGAAAUGUUGUGAGUAGGAUGUAAUGAUAUAAUGUAAUGUUGGUUAAUAAAUUAGUGUAAUUUUAUAUG